CUCCGCUUUCUUCGUAAAGAAAGAGCGCAAGUUGAGAGCGCUCAUUUUCUUCUCCACAGCCCCGGGCAAGGUCUCGUUCGUCCCAUCCUCUUGCACAGGUGAAUGACUUUGCACAGUAUGCCAGCCCCUACGCUGUUUUGCUUGGAGAACUCGCGGGCAUUCCGCGUCGCAUGGCUCGCAAACGAACUUGGCGUCGACCUCAACGUCCGCUAUUACCCACGCAUCGAAGGCAAGAAGGCAGUCCCCGAGAUGGCCAGGGAUUCGGGCUACACGCUCGGCAAAUCGCCCUGCAUCCAGGACGCGGGGCCCAAGGGCGAAGAGCUCUCCGUUGUUGAGAGCGGCAACUGCAUGCAAUAUCUGGCCGAGCGUUACAAGCCCGGCUCACCACUCUUCCCGUCCACGGACAACUUUGCAGCACGCACGGCCGUGAUUGGCUGGAUCGACUUUGCGGAAACGAUCAUGACGCACAGCCUCCCCAUCAUCUAUGCACAGUGGUUCGCGAGGCCAGGCGACGAGGGCGCAGUGGAGAAUUUUGCCGACAAGGCCUCGGGCAACGUGCACAAAGAUCUUGCCCUUGCCGAGGAAGCUCUUCAAAAGGGCCAGUACCUGUGUGGUGAUGCCUUCACUGCUGCAGACAUUGCCGUGGCGUUCAGCUGCGAGUACGUCAUCGUCAAGAAAGUCGGCAUCAAGGACGGUGAAUCUGAUUUUCCAAAGGUCGUGGCGUGGCUCAAACGCCUCGAAGAGAGGGAAGCAUACAGAAAGACGUACGACGAGACGAUCAAGAGCGGGGUCAAGUACGACUUCAACAUGCUCAAGCUGUAGUUUCAGUAGUCUUUGAGAGGGAAUUGAGGAGAAGGAGGAGGUUCAGUGAUGAGAUCAGAAAUCUUCUUCCUGCCUACAACGUCCACACAUUCGCAUUGCACCCACGUCAAAAUGCUACAUCACUUGAAGGCCGCUACGCAUCCUCGUCGCGCCUCGCUCUCCCCAUAGUGAACCAACAUUUUCUCAAUCGAUGUUCUCAUUCAAUUGUCUUUAGAGGUCAGCGUCACAG